AUGCACAAUGCAUGCACACCAUCCCCCUCCUCUCUCCCCCUCUUGUUCCCCCUCUUCCCCCCUGCUCCCCAUUUCUUCCCCUCUCUCCCCCUUUCUCCACCCUUCCUCCACCCUUCCUCCCCUCCCCCUCUUCCCCUCCUCUUCCCCUCUCCCCCACCUACCCCUCCUCCUCCCCCCUACCCCCUUCCCGGCAGCGCGGCCGUCUUCCACCGAGCAGUCAUCAUGCCCAACCUGCGCCCACCGGUCACCACCGCACUGGCAGCAGCAGAGUACCGCAAGCGGGUGCUGGCAGCGGUACCAGAGGGGAGGCGAGGGGAGGAGGGCUUUAAGCCGUUGAUGACGCUGUACCUUACAGAUGACACCACACCGGAAGAGCUGUACCCCGCGGGAGCAACGACUUCGUUGUCACUGCUCUCUCCUUCCCUCGAUCUCUCCAUUCCUCUCCCCGUCCCUCCCUCCCUCCCUCCCUCCCUCCCUCCCUCCCUUGACCCCGCAUUUAGAGGACGGGGGCCUAGUGGUGGCAUUCAAGCUGUACCCUGCGGGAGCGACGACCAACUCAGCAGCGGGAGUGACGGACCUCUUUGGGCGCUGCUUCCCUGCCAUUCAGCACAUGGCGCAGAUUGGCAUGCCGCUGCUCGUGAGUUGAGUUUGGGAGGGGGCAAGAAAGAUUCCAUUCACCGGGUGCUCUCGCCUCUGCUAUUAGGGAAGCCAACACUACAACCUUCCCUGUCCCCUUUUCCCUCUCCCUCCACUCCCAGCUGCACGGGGAGCUGGGGGACUCAUCAGUCGUCACAGCUGCAUGGUGAGGUGGUGGAUCCAUCAGUCGACAUGCUCGACCGCGAGGAGUUCAUUCAUCGAGUCCUCUCGCCUCUGCUAGUCCACACCACAGCACGUGCCUGUCCACUCCGUUCCCCUUUCCUUCCCCCUCCCACUCCCCCCCCACAGCUGCAUGGAGAAGUGGUGGAUCCAUCAGUCGACAUGUUCGAUCGCGAGAAGGAGUUCAUCCAUCGAGUGCUCUCGCCCCUGCUAGCCCGCCUGCCCUCCCUGCGAGUGGUUCUCGAGCAUGUCACCACCGCAGAUGCGGUCGAGUUUGUGUUGAAAGCACCUGAGGGGCGGGUGGCUGCUACAGUGACCCCCCAGCACCUGCUGUGGAACCGCAACGCUCUGUUCACAGGGGGCAUCCGCCCGCACCACUUCUGCCUGCCCGUGUUGAAAAGAGAAACCCACCGUAAGUUUCACUGCGAUGAGAGUGCGUUCUUUCUUGCUUCUCCUCAAGUGCGUUCUUUCUUGCUUCUCCUCAAGUGCGUUCUUUCUUGCUUCUCCUCAAGUGCGUUCUUUCUUGCUUCUCCUCAAGUGCGUUCUUUCUUGCUUCUCCUCAUGUGCGCUCUUUCUUGCUUCUUCUCAAGUGCGUUCUUUCUUGCUUCUCCUCAAGUGCGUUCUUUCUUGCUUCUCCUCAAGUGCGUUCUUUCUUGCUUCUCCUCAAGUGCGUUCUUUCUUGCUUCUCCUCAAGUGCGUUCUUUCUUGCUUCUCCUCAAGUGCGUUCUUUCUUGCUUCUCCUCAAGUGCGUUCUUUCUUGCUUCUCCUAAAGCAAUAGUGGCUGCAGUGACGGGCGGCAGCACUCGUUUCUUUCUCGGCACCGACAGCGCGCCUCACGAGCGCACCACUAAGGAGGCGCCGUGUGGCUGCGCCGGUAUCUUCUCUGCGCACGCCGCCCUGCCUCUCUACGCCCGGGCAUUCGAGCAGGCAGGCGCACUGGACAAGCUAGAGGCCUUCACGAGCUUCAACGGACCUGAUUUCUACGGCCUGCCUCGCAACUCCCGCCGCAUCACCCUCAUCCGCCAACCGUGGGCCGUACCUGACUCAUACUCGUAUGCUGAUGGGGGCUCUCUCGUACCAAUGCUGGCAGGCGAGCAGCUGGAGUGGCAGGUGCUUCCUCUGAACAGCUGA